AUGGCGGUGGCCCUCAUUCUCGUGUCCCCUGUCCUAGUGCCCCGACCCUCCCUGUCACUGCACCCCAGCCAGGGGGUGUCCCUGGGGGACGCUGUCACCCUGCGCUGCCACCUGCCCCGCAUGGCUGCCUGGGUCCAGCUCUGGCUCAAUGGAACUCUGAGAUUUAACAAGGAAAAAGACAAGGAGCAGGAUGCAGCUGAGUUCUCCUUUGCUGUCACAAACCUGGAGGACGCCGGGACAUAUCAGUGUCGGUACCAGGUGUCAGAGCCACUGUGGACAUCAAAUCAGAGUGACCCCGUGGAGCUGGUGCUGACAGGUGCCAAGGGGCGGUUCCAUGGGGACCUGGUGGUGGCGGUGCUGAGGGGCUGUUCUGCUGUCUUGGUCUUCAGCCUGGGCCUCUACUUCGUCUUCGAUGCCCGCAGCCUCUGGACAUGGAGAGAUGAGAGUGCUGGUGAGGAAGGACUUCAAUGGUUUCCAUUCCCUAUGCAUCCCAUCAAGUGUCCUCUGCUUAUUCUUUGACCCUCUCCAGAUCCUUUAUGGUUUCCCAGUUGUUCCUCGAGGCCCACACAUAACUCCCACCCUUCCCCCUCUUCUUUUUGAUG